CGUCGUUUAACCCUCAAAAAAAAAAAAGAUCUCACCGUCGUUUGCCUAGAAAGAGAGUCACCGUCGUCCUCCGCCUUCUCAUCGCCGGCCCCUGCCUCCGCCACUCGCCUGCUCCCUGCCGCUAGUCCCGAUCUCGCGCCGUCGGCCACCGGUCCGCGUCGUCACUUGUCCCUUCCCUCUUCGUCUUCCAUCCCGUGUCUCCCCCAACCCCAUACCCCAGCCGCCUCCGCUCAGUCCUCCCCGCACACCAGCCGCAGCCGCCGCCUGCCAACGCCCGGACGAACUACUGGUUGGCAGGUUCCAGUCCAGGUCGUGGGUGACACAGUGACACCUGGGGCCCCGCCGUUCCACUGGACUAGCGAUCCGAAGGAGGGGACGAGCGCACACCAGGUGUUCGAGGGAAUGCACCUCUGAAACGCCUUUCCCAACGAGCAGCGUCGAGAAUGACGUUCGGGUCUGUCAUCGAGAGGAACGUGGCGCGGCCACUCAUGAGGCUGGUCACCAUGCGCGGCGCGCCCAUCCUACAGCAGCUCCACCUGGAGGAACGUCUGCUGCGCCGCACCAGCGAUAACUGGUGCAUUGUCAAUGAUGGCACGGCUCCUCCCACCAUUGUCAUGGGUGUCUCUGGGAAGGUCUCUGAGCUCGUCGAGAUACGGCCUGUGCUUCAAGAUCAUGUGCCGGUGGUAAGGCGGUUCAGUGGAGGUGGCACUGUCAUUGUUGAUCAGGGGACGGUGUUUGUCACCUUCAUAUGCAACAAGACUGCCGUCGCUGGGUUGCAGCCGUUUCCCCGCGACAUCAUGUCAUGGACAGGCCAGCUGUAUGGUAAAGUGUUUCGUGGAUUCGGCGAAUUUCAUCUGCGUGAAAAUGACUAUGCAUUCGAUCAUCGAAAGUUUGGUGGAAAUGCUCAGUCCAUAACAAAAGAUCGUUGGGUACACCACACAUCAUUCUUAUGGGAUUAUGAUGUCAAAAAUAUGAGUUAUCUAAAAAACCCACAACGUGCUCCUGAAUAUCGGCAGGCGAGGGAGCACUCAGAUUUCCUGUGCCGCAUGAAGGAGUACAUGCCAUCACGGUCAGUUUUCACUGAAGGGAUUACCGCGGCCCUCGGAGACCACUUUACAGUCCAACACACAGAGCUAGAAACAGCGCUCUCUGAAGACCACGAUGACUUCAUUCCUUCUACGAAGGUGCUAUCGCCGCAGGACUUGCAAGACAUCAUCUCCUCCAAAGAGCCUCCCACAUCAGAGAGAAUUCAAGGAUGGCCACGGUGAUGAAGAUGACUGCGUGUUUUGUGGCAUACGGCAAUUUUUAUGCCACACGAUGUACUCAACUUGGAGUUUAAGCCACACUCACUGCUUUCACUUGAUUUUGACAAACCAGUUAGUCAGAAGGUGUAGUUCCAAUA